AUGUCGAACGCAAACGAACCAGCGAAGACUCUUCUGCCUUACCUGCAACGAGCCGACGAGUUGCAGAAGCAUGAACCACUUGUUGCUUAUUACUGUCGGCUAUACGCCAUGGAAAAAGGAUUGAAGAUUCCGCAGAGCGAGAGAACUAAGACCACCAAUUCGAUUCUCAUGUCCCUCAUUAAUCAGCUCGAAAAGGAUAAGAAAUCAUUGAGUCUGUCCCCAGAUGACAAUAUGCAUGUGGAGGGUUUUGCACUAAGUGUCUUUGCAAAGGCAGACAAGCAGGAUCGUGCUGGAAGAGCAGACUUGAGCACUGCCAAAACGUUUUAUGCCGCCAGAAUUUUCUUUGAAAUUCUGAGCCAGUUUGGUCCGGUUCCUCCUGAUAUAGAGCAGAAACAAAAGUAUGCUGCUUGGAAAGCUGCUGACAUAAGGAAAGCCAUUAAAGAAGGAAGGAAGCCCACUCCAGGCGAUCCUAGUGGUGAUGAUGAAACUGAUUUAUCCAUCCCAUCAAGCGGUCCUAGUGGCUCCUAUGAUCUUGGUCCAAGUGAUUCCAACAUAGGAAGCCAUCAUGGAACAGAGCCUGAUCCAUCCCAUCACUCGAAUGAUGACUCCAGCCACCACCAUUUCCCUGAAGUUCCACAGCACCCUCUACCACCAAGGUUUAAUGACAAUCCUCACAAUGAUUAUCCCACAGAUGUCUCGCCUCCACCACCGUCUUCUUACCCUUCCAACGAUCAUCUCCCUCCUCCCACAGGACCAUCAGACUCCCCUUACCAACAACCUCCUUACAACCACCACCCAUACCACCAAGACCAACCGCCACAACACAUGCCGCCACCACAAAACUUCCCACCUCAUGAACCUUCUCCAAACUCUCUCCCUAAUUUCCAAUCUUACCCUAGCUUUAGUGAGAGCACCCUCCCAGCCACUCCUUCCCAUUACCCUACUCACUUCCAAAACCCUGAACCUUACUACUCUUCUCCACAUUCCGCACCUGCUCCUUCUUCCACAAGCUUCGCCUCUGCUCCUCCUCCUCCUUAUUCAUCACCAAACGGGCGUACCAAUAUCGCUCCCGCGCUAGAUCCUUCACUGAGUUCAGCUCAGAAGUACCAUUAUGACAGCAGCUACCACCCAGCGCCUGAUAAGAUCGCAGAGGCACAGAAGUCUGCUAGAUUCGCUGUGGGAGCUUUGGCAUUCGAUGAAAUCUCAACUGCUGUGGAACAUCUGAAGAAGUCUCUCGAGUUGCUAACAACUCCAUCAGCCAGUCACUGA